CAACUGGUAAAACCCGAAACCAGUGUGUUGAUUCAAGCGACCGGUGUCUUGGUAAUAACUUCCUCAUUCAAUGUUGCUGUGAUGGCCACUGGUAAAAGUGGGAGGCCUGCGGAUCCACAAUGGCCAGACUGGAUGAAACCAGGAGUUCGGGUCAUCAGGGGUCCGGACUUCAGGGCAACUGUCAAGAAUCAUGACGAAACAAAUCUAGGGAUACUAAGCUAUGUCCCUAAAACUGUAACCAAUAAUAGGGUGCAUGUUGUGUGGGACACUGGCCAAGAACGCAACUACAACUCUGGGUUUACCGGCCAAUAUGACCUUCGAGCAUAUGAUUUACAACAAGUUGGUAUCUCCCAUAAAAAGAAGUGCUCCGGGUGUAACAGUUCUCCAAUCCGAGGGAUGUUGUUCACAUGCAGAGACUGCAAGGAGGAUUUGUGUACCGUUUGUUACCACGGCGAUAAACACAAUCUAGAUCACACAUUCUAUAGGCUGGAUUCAGCAUCAAGCGAUAUAGUUCCUCUCCCACCUCGUAAAAACUCACAGUUUCUUCGCUUGAUGGGCGUCACAGAGAAGACAGAAGUCAUAAGAGGACCCCACUGGAAUUAUACUGGCGCAGAUGGGGAGACAGGCCGAGGCAUCAUCAAGGCGUUUGUUGAUGAGAAGGACGGGAAAUACCGUGCGUGGGUGCGGGUAAAGUGGGAUGUGGGCAAAGAGAUGAAGGAGUACAGGUUUGGAGCGGAGGGAUACGUCGACGUCAUCGCGUCCAAGGUUGUUCCUAUUGGAAAAGUCUAUUCAGACCAUUUGCCUUUCUUAGGUAUUACGAAACUUAAAGUAGGGGACAAGGUCACGGUGAACUUGACCUUGGAGGAGCUCAAUGCCAUACAGGCCCAAGCCAACAAAGAUGGGAAGGUACCUGGGGGCUGGGACACAAAAGCCACACAGUGUCUGUCUGAGACGGGAAGCAUUGUAGAGAGCCUGUUUAAUGGUGAAUCAUUCCGGGUCCAGUACUUGGAUGGCAAGGAAUACGUCAUAUCCAAGACUGCUUUGUUCAGGGUGUGUGGUUUCUGUGAGAAAGAUGCCGUGGAGAUCAUCCCAGAUAAGAGCAAGUUGAAAAUACUGCAGAACGGCCAUGGAGGGAUGCCGGCUGGAAUGGAGAUGGCCUGUGGCAAACUCGGUCGCCUCAUCGAAAUCCGGAAAGACGGUGACAUGCUGGUAAUGGUGGGUGGCAAGCAGUACACAUUCAAUCCAUCGUGCUGCCUGCCUGUGACGGACCCCAAGGUGGCGUCAAAAGCACCUCCGAUGCCAAGCCCUGAUUCCGACGGCGAUGACAAUACUAAAGGGGAAGAUGAAUCUGCAAAGCCAGCGCCUGAGGGUGAUUGUGUGCCAGGUAGGCGGUUCAUCAGCAAACCCGAUGAAGACAAGAAGGAAAACAAAAACCUUAAAGGUAGGAAUGAGUUUUCAGAUGACUUUGGUAACAACAUGAAUAACUUGAAACGUAAUCAAGACGUCACUAACCAUGGAAACAACAUGUUUGAGGCUAUUGCAAAAGCAGAUCUUGAUGCAGUGUUAUCCUAUGUUAUUGACAACAAAAAAUUGCUGGAUUACAAAGUGGAGGGUCGCACCAUUCUGCAUCUAGCAUGCCACGAAGGCUACAAAAGCCUCAUCACCAAUUUCAUUGAGUUGGGAGCGAACACGUGCUUGAAGGAUGACGAAGGGGACACUCCUCUGCAUUAUGCAGCUUUUGGUAAGCAGCCAGACUGCGUUCAAGAGCUCUUACAGAACGCUGCCGACCCCAAUGUGCAAAACAAAAAUGGUGUGACACCACUGAUGAUCGCAGUGGACCAAUCAGACCUUGACUCCGUCCAGUGCCUCAUUCUGAAUAACGCCAAUGUCUCCCUGAAGACCACAGAUGGGGAGACGGCCAUGCACAGUGCUGUAGAACAGAAGGAAGGGCAGCCCAUGCUGGUCUCGGCGAUACUAUCCUCUAAGUCAGCCGAUUUCUCAAUCUGCAAUCACGAGAAUUUUAAUGUUCUUCAGUAUGCAGCGUAUAAAAACUGCCCUGCAGCUGUGCGAGUCAUUCUAGAUAGCAAUAAAACUCUGGUUGACGUUCCCAUGGGUCCAGACAAAUACACUGCCCUCCAUGUGGCUUCCAUCAACGAUUUUGUGGAGGUGUCUGGUUUACUAUUGGAGAAGGGUGGAGCCAAUCCCAAUGCAUUGGAUAGUGAGCAAAAGACUCCCCUCCAUCUUGCUGUCAUCAGACAACACAAGAGAUCAAUAGAACUGCUCCUAAAUAAAGAUGCCAACGUGAAUGCCCAGGACAAAGAUGGGAACACACCUCUGCAUCUGUCCCAGAACAUACCACUCCUGCAGUCAUUCCGUAAAUCAGUGGCCAAGGCUGGUGAUUCCAAUAUCGCCAUCGUAUACGCUCUGCUGGAGAAGGGAGCAGACCUGCGACUCAAGAACAAACUGGGACAGACCCCUGUGGAUCUUAUACAGGACAAAGGCACAAAACAGAUGCUUGAGAAGCUUCAGCAAGCAUAUCAGACCCAGCCUGCCCAGUCUCAGUCAGGAAUACGUCUGCCCAUAAACUGGACAAAAAUGCAGGUGAAUGAAGUGGUAAAGGUUAACCUGAACGUGACAGAUUCCAUGGAGGGACAGGAGUAUGCAGAGGUUGAAAAGCACUUCAUGAAGACCAUGCCUCAUGUCACAAUCGUGUCCAUCACCCGUGUCCAGAACGCACAACUCUGGGAACACUACAACUUAAAGAAACGAGAGAUGGAAAGGAAAUACGGUCAGGGUUCAGCAAAUGAACUUCACCUCUACCAUGGUACCAAGCCAGAUAUCAUAGAAAAUAUCAUUCAUGACAACUUUGACUUUCGUAUCUCAGGUUCAAGAGUAGGGGCCUUAUAUGGUGAUGGCUCUUAUUUUGCAACGACAUCCAAAUAUUCCGAUCUUUAUUCUUCAGUUGACCAAAACGGCCACAAAUUUAUGUUUGUUGCCAAAGUUCUGGCGGGAAAAACCUGCAUGGGACAGGCUGGUUUGAAGCGUCCCCCACAGAUAGACCCAAAUGAUUUCAAGAAAGGAUAUUACGAUGCUGUUGUUAACCAAGUUCUGGCUCCAACAAUAUACUGUGUGUUUGAUAUGAACCAGUAUUAUCCUGAAUACUACAUUAAAUAUUACUAAAUGGCAUGGAGGUUUUUCGCUCAGUCCUCUUCCAAAUGUAUAUGAAUGUCCAUCUGUGUCAGGUGUAGUUUAUAUAAGACAUGGAAAACUGCAUGAAGUAACCUAUGACAUAAAAGUGACUAGCAAGGCAGACCGAAAGUGUAAAGGGACAGAAGCCGAAGACCAUGAUCAUCAUUAUGCCAUUUGGGCCAAAGGUCUAGUUUUCUAUUGCUUGCAUUGUCCUGAACAUUUUAAUCAUGUAUCAAUCAGUAUACAAUCAGCAAUUUAAUAGCAUUGAUAAAUACUGAAAUCGUUUUUUAAGUUGCCUUUGAAAUGUUAGAUUUGUUCACUAUUAGUUACUAAUAGUUAUCAGUUUAUCAGUUUUAAAUACUAGUAAUUGUCGCACCAAAAUACAAUAAAACGUAACCUGUCUGGUUACAACAUUAGUCAAUAUUAAGUAUGGGUAGUCCAUAUUUAGCACGCAGGGUCCAUUUAAGAAAAUAUACCCCUUAUACACUUUAUUCCCUUUAUCAUAUUUUACACACCAAUAGCGGUAAUAUAGAUGAAGAACGACAAAUCUAAGUGAGUUUGUUUGUACAAGUUUAUAAACUUAUUGUGUAUGUUAGUUGUGUGUAAUUUAUUGUUUCCAUUCUGCACUGUGUAUUUUGCCUCCUGAUAAAGCUUUUUAUAAUCCUGCCAAAUUAAGUAUUUUACAUUUGUCCCUCAUUCUUUCAUGCUUGUGUGCGCCAUAAACUUCAAUUAAAGAUAUUUUGAGAAAAAAUAGCUCAGCUAUUUGCUUUAAUUAGAAGUUAUGUUUGAGGUAUUGGUUUCAAGGACAGGAUCACAUUUUAAGAUCAAGGUCACAGGAAAAUGAUUCUUUUGUUUUUCCAUGCAGAAACAUGUCCAUACGCGGAUUUCUCCCUUUAAGAUUUUAUUCAUUGCAUUGUGUAGCUGUUUCAAAGUUGCACUGGGCGCCUCCAACUGUUGUUACUAUUUUUUAUUGCUUAAAUGUUGAGAUGAAGAUUGUUAAAUCAAAGCUAAGAUGUGAAUUCAGAUUAAAUUGAUGUAUUUUAAAUAUUCUUAUAAAUUGCUUCGUGACCUUCUAUUUAAUAUGGAGAGUUCACUUUUUCUGGCUUUAAGAAAAAGUAAUUACAAGUUAUUAUCUUGCAUAUUUUUACAUUCUUUUUUUUUGUAAGGAAUUUAGCUUGUGAAAAUGUCAAACAUGUACAGAAGUACUAACGGUACCUUAUGUGAUGAUUUCUUAUACUUGUACAUCGAUAACGGGUGUUUUUUAACGUAAGUCAAAUCUAUAUUGAAACAAAAAGACAUUUCAAGAAAAAAUGAAAAUGCUUAUUGAAACAUAUGAUUAUCAUGAAAUGUUUUUAUAUUUAAACAAUGUUCUAACAAAGGCUCCUUCAACACCAAGUACUUGCCGUUUUGUUAAGUUGAUGUUAUUUUAUUUAGUUAAUGAACUGUAUUAUAGGUAGCUAUAUCAUAUUGCAAUAUAUAUUUGAUUGCAUAGGGAUAUUUUUGCAUUUUAAGCAUUAAACGAAGUCUAUAACUGUAGAUCAAACUUUAUGUUGCCUAUAAAAAGUGCACAUGAGUAAAAUGUUUUGUUGAAAAUGCAUGAAUACACCAUGUCAUGGACAUCUUUUUUCGCACUGUCACAUGCUUUGAAAAGCAAUGUUCUAGAAACAUGUACACCCUCCCUCUUUUUAAAUUUAAACUCUUAACUGCUGUUCAUUUCAGACAAUCAUGGGUGGAUGUAUUGUGGAAGAUGACAAAUCCGUAUAAACGAUAUUGUUGUGUAUACAGUAUGCCUGUUUGUUUGAAUCCCAUUAUUAGUGUGUUAAGAAUGAGUUUUGUAUUAAAUUGUUUAAAUCGGU